CGCCGUCAGUCAGCGCCGGAGGAGCUGCUCGGGGGCCGCGUCGGCACGAUGCCCAUGUACGAGGUGAGGCCCUUGCAUGGGAAGCCCGGCUCGCUGGUGCAGGCCGAGCAGCUCCCCACCUGCAUGUACCGGGUGCGCAACCUGCACCGCUGCGCCUCCUCCGCGCCGCACCAGGAUGAAGUUGAUCCCUCACUUCAGGCACUUGAAGCCCGCCAGGAAGAGAUCUUAAGACGUUUGUAUGAAUUGAAGGCUGCUGUGGAUGGCCUCUCGAAGAUGAUCCAAACACCAGAUGCAGAUUUUGAUGUAACAAACAUCAUCCAAGCAGAUGAACAUUCUUCUUUAACUGCCAGUGCUGCAGAGCUGGAUAACUUACUUGGAAAGGGCUACGGGGCUCUUAAGGAUAUUGUGAUCAAUGCAAAUCCUGCUUGCCCUCCACUGUCACUGUUAGUACUCCACAGCCUGCUGUGUGAGAGCUACAAGAUACUCUCAGCAGUUCAUACACACUCAUCUGUGAAGAGCGUGCCAGAAAAUCUCCUGAAAUGCUUUGGUGAGCAGACUAAGAAGCAAUCCCGCCAUGAAUACCAGUUGGGCUUUACAUUAAUUUGGAAAGAUGUGCCAAAACCCCAGAUGAAGUUCAGCGUUCAAACCAUGUGUCCCAUUGAAGGAGAAGGAAACAUUGCUAGGUUCUUGUUCUCCUUGCUUGGUCAGAAGCAUGAUGCAGUUACAGCAACUCUGAUAGACAGCUGGGUAGAUACAGCCAUCUUCCAACUGCAAGAAGGAAGCAAUAAAGAAAAGGCAGCGGUUUUACGAUCUAUGAAUGCUGCUCUUGGUAAAACAUCCUGGUUGGCGGGAAGUGAACUGACGGUGGCCGACGUUGUGGCCUGGUGCGCACUUCAGCAGACAGGAAGCGCCAAUGCUGUCCCAGCCAAUGUGCAGAAGUGGCUCAAGUCUUGUGAGAAUCUGGCUCCUUUUAACUCUGCUCUCAAGUUACUGAAGUAAAUUUAUAUUCUAUAGCGAGGGAAAUGGGUUAAAUAUUUCCUACAUCUUUAUCUUGUGCUGCAAGCCUGGAACAUAAUGCUUGUGGUGUGGAUGAAAUUUUAGAAGGUAAUUGUUGAAGAUCUUAUGUCAAUAAAGACAUCAGAACUGG